GAAACACUAAAGCCAUUGAUAAUGGAUAAUAUGAAGAGAAAGACAGAUAAACCUCGCUAUCGAUCUAUUGCAUAUAAAUCAAUUUGUCCGAAUAAUGAAAAACAUAUUUCAAGUGUAUUUCAAUCUUAUCCCAAACAGCUGAUUAUUCACAGUGAGGAUUUCAUUUCAAGGUUUGGUCAUAAUGCUUUUGUUAAAACAACUGGCAAUAAACAGGAUAUUAGUUUGUUAAAAGGUCGCAUCACACAUGACUUAACAUUUGUUCCAGUAGACAAUACAAUACCAUGGUGGACAAGAUCAUCAUUAAAUCAUUCAGUAACUACCCUUCAUGAUAUGAAAAGUAAAGAUAAUUCAUUGACAUCAACAACAAACUUAGCACAAAAACAAGAGAUCGAUGAAAAAACUGAAAAUGGGAACAAAGAUACUAAAAAAUCUGACCUUGAACGACGAAUAUCAAAUGCCAGUGGUGGACGAAUGGGAAAUAUUCGAAAUAAGUUUGAAUCAGGCGAAGUGAAUAAUGAUAAAAGGAAGAACAAAAAGAAAUCUGCGCCAAAAAUGAAAUAUGCCGGUGUGGAAUCAGCUAAAACAAGAUUUAUUGAGGAAGCUACAAAGGCUACAAUGAGCAAGGUAGAAGAUGGGCCUAGGAAACCAAAAGAAUUCACUCCACCACCGGAUGGUGUUGCUGUUGGUAUAUUAGAAAGUAAUCCAAAGCCAAGAGCACCAGAUGUGGUUACAUCGGAUGACAUGUUUGAACCAGUUGAUUUAAAAGAGAUUAGUGAAAAAACAAAAAAUUUAAGGGAGAAAUUUCGAAAUAUGGAAGCAACUGGUGGACAGAGCAUUGAUGAAGAGAAUCGUAAAAAAAGUUCAUUCAUUGAUGAAUCAAUUACAGUUGCACCGGAAGCUACAAAAAAUGCAAGAGCACGAUGGAAGGAUAUUGAAAGUGGUAAAACUGAAAAGGAUGUGUCAUCAGAACGUCCAAAACUUGAUAUACAUGACGGUUAUGGAGGUGUUUAUGAGAAUGAACCUGAAAAAUUUGAAAAUAUCGCUAGAGCUGGUGAAACAAAAAAAGAUUUACCAUCUGGUGUAAGUGCUAAAGAAAGACGUGAAUUAUUUUUAAAGAAAGCUGCUGAUACUUCUGUUGUAAAGAGAGAUAGUAUAAAACUUAUAGAUAUUAAUGCUGCCGAAAGUGGAAUAUAUGAGAAUGAGCCAACUCGACGUGAUAAUGUAGUCCGUUAUGAUGAUGAUCAAACAGAUGACUAUCCAAUUAAUUCUGUGAAAUGGGCAUCUGAAGCGAAAAACAGAUUCAUACAGGAAGCAUCUAAAUCACAGAUAACAACAGGAAGUAACAAGACUAUUUUAUUGGUUGAAGAUGGUCAUACAAAUGGUAAUGGUGCAUCAAAACAAGCACGAUAUACUACACAAGCUAAACAAGCCUUCUUAGAACGUCAAAAACAAGCGGAAGAAGCUGCAAAGAACAAAAGUCGACCAGAUAUCAUUGAUAUAUGGCAAGAACAAUGCCCACACAGUGGAGUAUUUGAAAAUGUACCAGCUGCUCAUACAGCUGAUGUGGUAGUCACUGAUGAAUCCGAAGAAGACGAUGAGGAAGAGGAGGAGCAAUAA